UGCAAAGGUGGAAAGAGGCCAGGCCUUGUCUUAUAGACAAUAUGUUAGCUACUCUGGAUCCACAGUCACACCGUGUGUGUCAGUGUGGCAAACAAGUAGUUGUGAGGUGUCUGGACUGCCUUCCUCUUCCAUUCCUUUGUGCUGAGUGUGAUAUUGCAGUUCACACACGCUUUGUCCUGCACAACCGAGAGGCAGUAACAGGAGGGUUUUUGCAGCCUUCAUCAGAGUUUCACAAGCCAAUAGGCUGUUAUAACCUUGCACUGCCAGUGGUGAGCUGCACCAGCUGUGACUUAAUGUGGUCCCCCUCAGUUAAGGACAUCCUGGGUAGUGGAUAUUGGCCUGGCACCUUAAAUUUCUGCACCCUGUUUUCAAUGGAUGUCUUUCAGUCUUUCUAUGACAUUAAGAAGGCUGCACCAGGGAUGUCACUUAAGGCAUUUGUCAAAAUGCUGGAUGAAAGAACAGCCCAUUUUGGAAGGACUGGCCGAAUAUCAGCUGAUGCCUUCUGUAAAAGCUUUGUGGAGUGGAGUGCUGUUUGAGGUGGACAGGAUGUGCAAGGAGCCAUGCGUUAGCUGCCCUGCCUGCACUCUAGACGUGCUUGCCGUCUCAGUUGAUGGAAACCGUAAGCUUUAUCGCAUUCAAUCAAAUACAAGCACUUCAGAGCAGGCGAACUUUGAAGGUGUCUUCAUUGAAAAAGAUGAGGAAGUUGCUGAGUUUAUGAAAUACAUCCAGAGACACACAAAUGAUGUGGCUCAGCUGAGGAACCUCUUGUCAAUGCGUCCUUUUCUCUCCGUCAUGCAUGCAAAGGCUCUCAUUUGGAAAUGCGAGAUCAAAUGGGGAGGUGCGUUUCAGAAUGGGGCCGGUUCUACAGUUGGAGAAGAGGUGGAACAAGUAAACAGUUUCCUGUCUAGGGCGGCCAUCACAACGAAGUACAUGUCUAAAGCAGGGCGAACAGACAUGCUGACCCUCCUGGCUUUGGGGUGGACCAAAAGGAAAGUGGAACAACUGGGCCGCAGUUUGAGCCAGAGAUAUCUCAAGAUCAUAAGGAUCCUUAGAGAACAACUGGAGAGCCUGAAUGCGACCAAAAAUGAGCUGGGUGUGGAUGACGACACACUGCAGCAAUGGGCUGAAGAUAGCAACAAGAGGCGACACAGAAUUCGCAAGGUCAUCUUAGUUGAGAAGAAACGCUUGGCGGCUGCUGUUGACGACUACAACAAGCUUGCUGAACCAACAAAGCAAAUCGUAUCCAGUGAUGCCCUCAUCCAGACCGACGUUUGGCCCUGGCAGAGCACAAGUGAACCUGCUGCUCAACUCCAGACAAAGAGAAAGGUCUUUGAGAAUGUGAUGGCUGUGAGGCGCCUGAGAGAGGAGGAGAUGAUCCUUUGCAGGGAGAUGCGGCAUCACUGGACAGUGUUGCGAAUGCGAUCUGUGGUGUUGGGGACAAUCUCCUCAGACUCCUCCCUUGUUGGCAUGUUGGAGGAUGCACAGAAGGGACUCCAUAGCCUGGUUUUAAAAAAACAAAGUGAACUGAAAGCUGAAAUGCUCAAAGUAAAGGACAUGUACAAGAGAAUCCUCAGCCACCAACCACUCCUGGAAAUGGACUCGGAGGAGGAGGAAGACAUUCCAGAUGAUGCCACUGAGAGUGAUUUGAGCACUUCUGAUGAAGACUGUGUCACCAUUGAUGUUAUUUUUGAUGAAAGCAGGUUCACACUGAGCACUUGUGACAGAGUCUGGAGACGCUGUGGAGAACCUUCUGCUGCCUGCAACAUCCUCCAGCAUGAUGGUUUGGCAGUGGACAAUGCUAGACCUCAUGUGGCUGGAGUGUGUCAGCAGUUCCUGCAAGACGAAGGCAUUGAUGCUGUGGACUGGCCCACCCGUUCCCCAGACCUGAAUGCAAUUGAGGACAUCUGGGACAUCAUGUCUCGCUCCAUCCACCAACUGCAGCACAAAAUGUCCAGGAGUCUGGGAGGAGAUCCCGCAGGAGAGCAUCUGCCACUUCAUCAGUAG